UUUGUAGUGUCAGGUGCUCAUUUUAGCGCACACAUACACACACUCUCUCUCUCUCUCUCUGUCGAGUUUACAUCACCUCUUUUCUGGUUUUUGUGAUCAUUUCAGAUUGUGCGGCUGGAAUCGUAGAAGAAAGAAAAAAAAAUGGGAAGAGCCCCAUGUUGUUCUAAGGUAGGUUUGAAUCGAGGUCCUUGGACAGCCAGAGAAGACACAUUGCUGAUUAAUUAUAUACAGGCUCAUGGAGAAGGUCAUUGGAGAUCUUUGCCUAAAAUGGCUGGGUUGCUUAGGUGCGGAAAAAGCUGCCGACUAAGAUGGAUUAACUAUCUCCGACCUGAUAUCAAGCGAGGAAACAUUACUCCCGACGAGGACGACCUCAUUAUCAGGCUUCAUUCUCUUCUGGGCAAUCGUUGGUCUCUCAUUGCUAAAAGACUUCCAGGCAGGACCGACAAUGAAAUCAAGAACUACUGGAAUUCUCAUCUCAGCAAAAGGGUGCUCAAUAAUUCACAAACUAAUUCAACUACAAGAAGCAGCCGUAAAGCCAAGAAAGCCACCGAAAAGAAGCAAAAGGCCAACAAUGUGGAGGAGAAAGAAGAGAUAAAGGUGCUGCAUCAACCAAAAGCCAGCAGGGUUUCGCCAUUCUCAGUAAUAUCAAGGAGCAGCAGUUUUGACAGCCUCAUAAGUGGGUCAUCUAGCAGCGGUGAAGGGAGCAUAGGAACCAAUGAUGCCUAUGUUUUUGAUAUUCCUAGCUAUUGGUCCGACUUUGCAGCUGAUACUAACCUAGAAUUUCCUGACGCUGAGGCGUUUUCAGAUGCCACACCCGUAGGAGAUAGUAAUUUGCUUGACGACAUUUUUGAAGAAUACCAGAAACUUCUUGAUGGCGAUGACCCUGGCGAAAGAGAUUCCAUAUUUGAUGUUCUCUCUUGUUUUUGAGUAUUUUCUGCUACAAUAUUCUCCACUGUAUAAUUCAAUCUCAAUGAACUAGUAAUUAAAAUCCUAAAAA